UCCGGGGCCGCGGGAGCCGCGGCGCUGGGCGGGCGGGGAGCGCGGUCUCCGAUCCGAGCCUCCAGGGCUCGCGGCCGAGCUCAGCCCCGGUGAGUCCGCGCCACAUCGCGGUCCUCUGGCGGCUGAAUCCCCCGCGCUCAGACCAGCCCCCAACUUCGGGCCAAGUUUGCCGGCAUCGCUCCCCGCCCCCAGGCAGCGCGCGGGGGCCGCGGAGGGCGGCGGCGGCGGCCCCCGGGGAUGCGCCCGCCCGGCCGCCGCGGGGUCCCCACCGCGUGCCCCACGCUGCUGCUGCUGCUGCCGCUGCUCGCGCCGCUGCUCGGGGCGCCGCGGGGCGUAGGCGCGGGGACCGGCGCUCCCGCCGAGCUGCGGGUCCGCGUGCGGCUGCCCGACGGCCAGGUGACCGAGGAGAGUCUGCAGGCGGACAGCGACGCCGACAGCAUCAGCCUCGAGCUGCGCAAGCCCGACGGCACCCUGGUCUCCUUCACCGCCGACUUCAAGAAGGAUGUGAAGAUCUUCCGGGCCCUGAUCCUGGGGGAGCUGGAAAAGGGGCAGAGCCAGUUCCAGGCCCUCUGCUUUGUCACCCGUCUACACCACAAUGAGAUCAUCCCCAGUGAGGCCAUGGCCAAGCUUCGGCAGAAAAACCCACGGGCCGUGCGGCAGGCAGAGGAAGUUCGGGGUCUAGAGCAGCUGCACAUGGACGUCACUGUCAACUUCAGCCAGGGGGGCCUGCUGAGCCCCCAUCUUCACAACGUGUGCGCUGAGGCGGUGGAUGCCAUCUAUACCCGUCAGGAGGACGUCCGGUUCUGGCUGGAGCAAGGUGUGGACAGCUCUGUAUUUGAGGCUCUGCCCAAGGCCUCAGAGCAGGCGGAGCUGCCUCGCUGCAGGCAGGGAGGGGACCAUGGGAAGCCCUGCGUCUGCCACUAUGGCCUGAGCCUGGCCUGGUACCCCUGUAUGCUGAAAUACUGCCACAGCCGCGACCGGCCUGCGCCCUACAAGUGCGGGAUCCGCAGCUGCCAGAAGAGCUACAGCUUCAACUUCUAUGUGCCCCAGAGGCAGCUGUGUCUCUGGGAUGAAGACCCCUAGCUGUCUGGGGAGAGGGGUGGGCCUGGAGGUGGCUGCUCUGGGCCCACUGCUCCUCUCCCAGCCAGUAGAGGGGUGGCAGCCCCUCCUGAUGCCUUACUUCCCUUUCUCCGCUGCCCUGGCCCCGAGCUUGGCCCCCUCUGGCCCCAUCCUGCACGACUGUGAAAGGGGUGUGGCCCAGCAGGGGGUCACGCAUGAAGGCAGCCCCCUCUCCCACCCUGUGCCUUCUUUGGGGACAGAGAAGAAGAAAAGGGCUCUCCAAACUUGGACCCCUCCCCUCCAUCAUCUCCCCUGACAUGUUCACUUUCAAGCAGCCGGAAUGUGAUGGUCCAUGAACUCGUCAAAGGUUUUAGACCCUAAAAGGAGUCUAUGCCUAUUCCGCCCACCUCCCCACACACAUCUGGAAGGUGCUGGCCUCGCACCUUCCUUCUCCCCAACAGUGAGGGCAUCUUUACCCUCCAAGAGGGAGUUGUUGGGGACACAGCCCCCAUACCCAAUAGGUGCAUUCUUUUCAUUUCCGCCCCUUAGGCUGCCUGUGGGGCAGGGGGACCCCCACCACGGAGACAGCUCACAUGUGCCUUUCAGCAGACCUGGACUUCUCGAGAGCAGGCACCAGUGCUUUCCCCUCAAAACAGAAAUAUUUUUGUAAGCUUCUGGGGUGGAGAGGGAGCAUGAAGUAUGAGGAAAACUUGAAUUCCAGAUUUUUAAUGCAAAGUAUUUAUCAUUUGUACCAGAAAUAAAAGUUUUAAAUUUUUACUUGG